CGUGCGUAAAGUACUUCUUGAUCAUCUCCAAACGACAUCUGUUGGGAGGAAACAACACAACUCGUUGCGCGAUUGCACCGUUGUGACAAGAACUCAAAACCAGUUCACCUUCGUUGCACGCGGUUCUUUUUAUGGAGGUGUUGCGGAUGUUUUAGCGAGUUAUUUCACAUUCACGAUGAUUGUCUACUUCCGGGUUCAAGCGUCUAUACGCGGCCUGGCUUGCUGGCCAGUCCCUUCUCCUUUCUAUAGGUUGCACAGCUGUAGCUGCUGUAGGAACUUUGGAAACUUGCGUCAGCCAGCCAGCCAGCCUCGGGUUUGACUUGAGGGGAUGGACGAGGAGAGGGGGGUGGGUAAGAAAAGAGAAAAGGCGACAAUGUUCAGGACGCAAACUGCGUGAAAGUCAACCACUUGUGGACGUGUUCCGCGCUCCUCAACCUGGGUCAUUCAUUUUUUGAAAAGAGCCGGUGCGUACAGCGAGCGAGAAGUCGAGGGUUAUCAAUUCAUCUAUCCACGGGGUUGACAUUAACAUCCAAUGUGCGUCUGUUUGAAUGUACACGCCGAGCAAAGUGCAAGGUCCCCUCCGAGAGUACAGAUAUGAGUCGUCAGCAGCUCUAACAAACAUUUUCCUCCCCUAGCUAGCCUUCGUUUGCUUUCUUUCCCCCCCACCAAGUUCUUAUUUCACUAGUUUGACUUUUUAUUUUGCACCGAAGAUGUCUUGUCUUUUCCUGGGAGUGAUACGAAGAAAGCGGGCUGUCGGCGUCGGUCUCGGGCUCCGGUCCUUGGCCUCCAUCCCUUCAUUGCCUUCCGAGGUGGCGGAGUUUGUGAAGGGGGCGGUGGACGAGUGCAAACCCAGCGGCGUGCACGUCGUAACGGGCACGCCGGAGGAGACGGCCGACAUCCUUGCGGGCCUAGAGAAGGAAGGGAUGGUCAAGAAGCUCCCAAAAUAUGAAAACUGCUGGCUGGCACGAACCGACCCAAAAGACGUGGCUCGGGUGGAGAGCAAGACUGUGAUUGUGACCAAGAACCAGAGAGACACCAUUCCCGUCCCCGCCGAAGGAGUCAAGAGCCAACUGGGCAGCUGGAUGAGCGAAUCCGACUGGCAGAGGGCGAGACAAGAGCGAUUCCCGGGAUGCAUGGCAGGUCGUACCAUGUAUGUUAUUCCUUUCAGUAUGGGUCCAGUGGGUUCCAAUCUUGCAAAAUAUGGUGUCCAGGUAACUGACUCUCCAUAUGUCGUGGCCAGUAUGGGCAUCAUGACCCGUAUGGGUACACCGGUUCUGAAUAAACUGGCUGAGGGAGUGGAGUUUGUCCGUUGUCAGCACUCUUUAGGGCGGCCUUUCCCAUUGAAAGCCCCGCUGGUCAACUCGUGGCCCUGCAACCCAGACAAGGUGCUGAUCUCUCACCUGCCGGACACUAGGCAGAUCUUGUCAUACGGCAGCGGUUAUGGAGGAAACUCCCUCUUGGGGAAGAAGUGUUUCGCUCUCCGUAUUGCCUCACGCAUUGCCAAGGAUGAGGGAUGGCUGGCAGAGCAUAUGUUGAUCCUGGGAAUCACUAACCCUCAGGGAGUGAAGCGUUACGUGGCGGCCGCGUUCCCGAGCGCCUGCGGUAAAACCAACUUGGCAAUGAUGAAACCAGCUCUGCCCGGUUGGAAAGUGGAGUGCGUGGGAGACGACAUUGCCUGGAUGAAGUUCGACGCUCAAGGGAAGCUGAGAGCCAUUAACCCCGAGAACGGCUUUUUCGGCGUUGCCCCGGGAACUUCUGAUAAGACCAACCCUUACGCAAUGAGCACCAUAGCUAAAAACACAGUGUUUACCAACGUUGGCGAGACCAGUGACGGAGGAGUAUGGUGGGAGGGUCUCGACCCCCCUGCGGAUGGCGUCACACUGACUGACUGGCAUGGAAAAACCUGGAAGCAUGGAAGCGGCACACCUUGCGCCCACCCAAACUCGCGCUUCUGUGCGCCGGCAGCUCAGUGCCCCAUCAUCGACCCUCAGUGGGAGAGCGAAGAGGGCGUUCCGAUUGACGCCAUCAUUUUCGGCGGUCGCAGGCCGCAAGGAGUUCCUCUGGUCUACGAGUCUUUUAACUGGCAACACGGUGUCUUCGUUGGAGCUGCGAUGAGGUCAGAGGCCACAGCAGCUGCUGAGCAUAAAGGAAAGGUGAUCAUGCACGACCCCUUCGCCAUGCGGCCGUUCUUCGGCUACAACUUCGGCGACUACCUCGCUCACUGGCUGAGCAUGGAGACGCGAAAGGGCCCGACUCACCUGCCGAAGAUCUUCCACGUCAACUGGUUUCGGAAGGACCCCGCCAGCGGCGCCUUCCUUUGGCCGGGCUUCGGCGAAAACGCCCGCGUGCUGGAGUGGAUCUUUAAACGCUGCGGCCGGGAGGGCGACGAGGAGGCCGCCAAGAAGAGUGUCAUCGGGUGGCUGCCGGAGGACGGCGCCAUUGACACGCGGGGGCUAGGCGGCGACGUGGACAUGGGCGCCCUGUUUGACGUCCCCAAGCAGUUCUGGCAGAACGAGACCAAGGAGCUGAGAGCGUACUUCAGCCAACAAGUGGGAGGUGACCUGCCCGCUCAGGUGGAGGCUGAGUUGAAGGCUCUGGAGGACCGGGUUCAUGGCUAAUAAUACCUCAGGGAGUCAAGAAUGACACAAUAGGGUGUGAGCAGAGUCAGCAGUUGAAUUGUCACAUGCUUUUUUUUUUUUGGUAACUGUUUGAAUUAAAACACUGACACUUCAGUCAUUUGCUGCCAUCAAAAGCUAUAAACGUUCAAUUGAUUUGAACUGGGUAGGGAUCAGUUACUGCAAAAGAGCAAUAUGUAACAUUUAUGGCCAAAAAUGAUACUGCAACCAGAUCAGUCGGUAGGUAGACUGGUGUCUUUUUCUUUAUUCGAUCCCAAAAAAAGUUGCUUAAAUCAAAAUAUAUAUUUUCAAAGAAAAAAAUGUUUGAAUUUGAAACUUAAAAAAAAUUUGAAAACUUUUUUUUGUUUUUUUUUUUACUUUUUUGAUUGACUUAAUGUUGUUUUGCAUUUGGGCCACAUUUUUUGCUCGGACAUUUGUGUCUUUACUAUUUGCUUCACACCCCCCAAAAAAAAUUUCAAAAGAAAAAUCACUUCAAUCAAAAAAACUCGGGCUGGCACGAGCACAAACUUAUUUGCUCCAACAAAAACUUAAAUUAUGUUGGUCUUAACAGGGAGCAGCUGGAUCCAGCCAUGUUAGACAAGUUAUGUCAUAUUCACUGUUGUCACUACAGGGCAGUCUAGCCACCUAAAUCAGGGGUCCCCAACCUUUUUUGCACCAUGGACCGGUGUUAUUUGGGUCUUUUUUUCACGGACCGGUGUUCUGAUAAAUUUUGCAACCCAUCAAAAAUUGCAACGAUGCGGUUCUGCGCAUGCGCGUAACGUUAAACAUGGCCGCAAAUGCAGCCAUUCCAAAGUAAACACUACAAACUUUCUUUAAAGAAAGGAAUAUUAACUUACGUUUGAUCAUGGAAGGACAUGAAGAAAAGUUCUCCUUUGCAGUUCUUGGGUCUUUGAGGUUCUAGGCUCAUCUUCUGGCUCGUCAGGUGCCCUUUUCACUGUAAAAAUAUCUCCAAAGACGUCUGUUUUCCAGUCAUCUUCGCUCGUGUGGUGGCUAACUAUUUCCGGGAACAAACGUCCUUCGCCCGCGGCCUUGUAAUACGUUAUUAUCAAGACAGGCGCCCAUAGAUAUAAUAAAUACACAAAGCAAAAUGCACUGCUAGCAGUCCAAUCAAUGCAUUUCUUGACGACAUUCUAAUCUAUCCUGUAGUAUUACAUCUAGAGUAAACAGGGAUAUUGGUGUGUUAAACAGGGACACAGGGUUAAUUCGGCCAGAAUUCGGUCAUUAAUAAAUUAUUAUUUCUGUGCGGCCCACUAGCAAAUGGGGACCCCUGACCUAAAUGACUAAAACUAAAUGAAAACUCUUUCAAAACAAACCAUUACAAUGCUACUCUAGUUAAAUGAAUCCUCAAAGCAGCAAAAUUUGAUUCAAAGCAUCAAAGUAAACACAGAAUGAAAACAACUUUUACGGGCUGACAAUCGACUUUUAAACAUGGGAAAAUCUGUUUCAACCAUUGAGGACAGUUAAAAGUAUUUCCCAAAAAAUGUUUGUUUGUUGGAAUAUUAGAGCUAAAUUUUACGUAUUGCUCCUUAAGGACACUUGUAUUUACUGCCAUCGAUCGAAGGCUAUAAACGUCCAAUUCUUUCAACUGGCUAUAGCGAUCAUUCACUGCAAAUGAGUUAAUCAGACAAAGGUUACAAACAUAGGGCUGCAACAUUAGGUACACUUCAUAAAUCAUUAUGAUUGAAUUAAUCAUUGUAGUUGUAGACUUGUGCUGAUCUCAAGGAGAUAAGGACUGCUUAUCGACCACGUGCAUCCAUAUAAGUCAUGUUCACACACAGUAAGUGAAAGUGCAGUUGCCAGCAAAUAAUUUACUGUACAAAUACAGAAUGAAAAGAAUUGAGAAGAAAAUGGAAUCAUUUUGAUUUUACACAAAACUCCAAAAAUGGGCCGGACAAAAGUAUUGGCACCUUCCGCCUUAACACUUGGUAGCACAACCUUUAGACAAAAUAACUGCGAAAAACCGCUUCUGGUAUCCAUCGAUGAGUUUCUUACAAUGGACUUCUGGAAUUUUAGACCAUUCUUCUUUGGCCAACUGCUCCAGGUCUCUGAGAUUUGAUGGCUGCCUUCUCCAAACUGCCAUUUUCAGAUCUCUCCAAAGGUGUUCUAUGGGAUUCAGGUCUGGACUCAUUGCUGGCAACUUUAGAGGUCUCCAGUGCUAUCUCAAACCGUUUUCUAGUGCUUUUUCAAGUGUGUUUUAGUUUAUUGUCCUGCUGGAAGACCCAUGACCUCUGAGGGAGACCCAGCUUUCUCAAUCUGGGCCCUACAUUAUGCUGCAAAAUUUGUUGGUAGUCUUCAGAUUUUAUAAUGCCACGCACACGGUCACGCAGUCCAGUGCCAGAGGCAGAAAAGCAACCCCAAAAAAUUUGUGACCCUCUGCCAUGUUUGACUGUGGGGACCGUGUUCCUUUCUUUGAAGGGCUUGAUUUUUUUUUCCUGAAAACUAUGUUGAUGCCUUUUCCUUUUGUCUCAUUUGACCAGAGAACAGUCUUCCAAAAUGUUUUUGACUUUCUCAGGUAAGUUUUGGCAAACUCCAGCCUGGCUUGUUUAUGUCUCGGGGUCAUAAGUGGGGUCUUCCUGGGUGUCCUACCAAAGAGUCCCUUUUCAUUCAGACGCCAGCAGAUAGUACAGGUUUACACUGUUGUACCCUCGGACUGCGGGACAGCUUGAACUUGUUUGGAUGUUGGUCGAGGUUUCUUUAUCCACCUUUAUCUGCACAAUCUUUCGUUGAAAUCUCGUUAAUUUUUCUGUUCUGUCCACAUCUAGGCAGGUUAGCCACAGUGCCGUGGGCUUUACACUUAUUGAUGACACUGCGCACGGUAGACACAGGAACAUUCAGGUCUUUGGAGAUGGACUUGUAGCCUUGAGAUUGUUCAUGCUUCCUCACAAUUUUGCUUCUCAAGUCCUUAGACAGUUCUUUGGUCUUCUUUUUUUCUCCAUGCUCAAUGUGGUACACACAAGGACACAGGACAGGUUGAGUCAACUUUAAUCCAUUUUAACUGGCUGCAAGUGUGAUUUAGUUCUUGGCACCACCUGUUAUGUGCCACAGGUACAAGUAACACCUGUUGUCAAUUACACAAAUAAGAGAAGCAUCACAUGAUUUUUCAAAGGAUGCCAAUAAUUUUAUCCGGCCCAUUUAUGGAGUUUUGUAUCAAAUGAUCAUUUAAAAUUUUUUCAUUCUGCUUUGUUUUUUCAUUGCAAACAAAAUAAUUGAAGAUAUUACUACCAAAGCAUUUGUAAUUGCAAACAUUUUCUGGGAGAAAUUGAGCAUUGUCCGACAGAAUUGCAUUGGCGCCAAUACUUUUGGCUAGCACUGUAACAUUGUGGCUCUGGUGCUGGAUGAUUUUUGGUUUGUCAAGAGUACCUAAUGUUUGCGUGUAGGAAAUUUUAGCUUUGAUUAAAGCAAAUAGCCGUCUGCCUAAUAAGAGGUUUCAUUUUGUGUGAAAAUUCAACCAGCAGCUCGCUCCGUUCAUCCCCACGGAAGGGCGUCACUUCAGGGGCAUGACAGGAAAAGAUGAUUAAACAAUAACAUACCUCCCUAGUGUUCUUGAGAUUGAUUCUGCUGUUGUGGCACGGAGGCUUAAAUUGCUUCAAGAGUUGAAUUUAUCACUCUGACAUGCAAAUGUUUACAUGCUGUAGACCAAAAAAACAAGAAAAAACAUGUUUUCUAUUCUGCUUGACUCCAAAAUGUUUUAAAGGACAUUUUCCAAAGCCGAUCCUAAGAGUUCUCUACACUACAUUUUUUUCCCCGCCUCAGAAUUCAUUUGCAAUGAUUUUAUGAAAUUAAUUCCAGGUGACUUGAAGUUUAAAAGUGGACCAAUAAGUGCAACUUUGAUCUAUUCAAGGAAUGAUAAAAGGUUGUUUUGUUUCAAUAUUGGUGCAAUGAUGUUCUAUUGAAGUGCCUCUCGUUCAUUCUUGUAAAAACAUGCAAUAAAAUGUCACACAUUAAAAGAUAUUUUUCAAGU